UUUCGGCAAAUUUUCCAACAUUAUCAAGGAGACCAAUUUGGGUUAAACAAAUGGCAAAAUCCCCGAUCUGUCCUCUCGAAAUCUGACAUAAAAAGCAACAAAACACACAUUCUUUAGUGGUCGACUGUCAUACUUGGGAGUCGUUCAGUUCAGUUCAGUUCAGUUCAGUCAGUUGGAGGAAGACUCUCCAAAGCAGAGACGCACGAGAUCCCAUAAUGGACGACGAGACCGCUCUCAUCAUCUCCGCUCUCUCCGGCCUCCCCCCACCGCAGCUCUACGCCCUAAUCCAGUCCAUCUUCUCCGCCGCCUUCCACCACCACCGCCGCCUCUCCGCCAUCCUCUCCUCCCCCACCCUCUUCCUCCUCACCCUCCGCCACCUCCACUCCCUCUCCCUCCCCGGCAAGACCCUCCUCAUCGCCCGCCACCUCCUCUCGUCCCUCCGCCUCCUCACCUCCCACCUCGACCCCGUCACCCACUCCUCUUCUCACCUCCUGAUCCGCCACCGCGACCUCGACGCCGCCUUGCUCCUCCUCCUCCUCUGUGACCUCCGCCACCACGAGCCCCAGGCCCUCGCCACCCGCCGCCCCUCCGAUUGGCGCCUGGUCCUCCAGAGGCAAUGCUCCGACGACGCAUUGUCCAUCUCCGGCAUAGGAGUCUACAACGGCGGCACCCUGAUCCCGUACGUGGAGACCGUGGCGCGGUGCUGGAGGUUCAUAAGCUCCUCAGCCGCCGGCGCCGGGGGAAAGUCCGGGAGGGAGGCGCCCGCUUCGGUCGCCGUGGUGGUGGCUCUGCCGUCGGUGGGCGGCGCGGGAGGUGAUUGCGCGAUCUGCAGGGAGGAAAUGAGGCCGGGGAGGGACGUGUGCGAGCUGCCGUGCCAGCACCGGUUCCACUGGCUCUGCGCGCUGCCGUGGCUGAGGAAGCGGAACACGUGCCCCUGUUGCCGGUUCGAGCUCCCGACCGACGACGUGAUGGCCGAGAUCCGGCGGUUGUGGACCAUCCUGGCCAGGGCGGCUACCGGUGUGCCCCACCAGUCGCCGGACUCCACGUGGCCCCACCAGUCGCCGGACUCCACGUGGCCCCACCAGGGUAGCUUUGCCGUUGUGAAUGAUGGAGUGUACGGAGCGAUGGAGGGCUGUGAUAACGACACCUGUGGUUAAGGCUUCGUCGGCGUAGCGAUAGAUAUACAUAUAUAUAUCUGUUUCAGAGUUAUUAAUGGUCAGGAAUAGGAAUAGAUCAGGAAUAACAAGCUUAGCCAGCCAAUCAUGGGAACAAGAAUGGUCGGACCGUGAUGACGUAAGCAAGGUAUUAUUGGGCUGACGACUUUGUAGAUGGGCCGGGCCGGGCCCGGCAAUGGAGGAGGACAAUGAGAACAGAAGGCAAAUGGAAAUCUAUGAGGAAAAGAGAAACUAAAACUAAUCCAUUUGUACAAAUCAUUUGCCUAGCUUUAUCAGUAUAUAUACAUAUAGACGCAGGUAAUACUAUAUGUUUCAUUUGGACAAUCUAUGGAUAUUAUCUUCGUAUGUUGUGCAUC